AUGUCGCUGAACCACGAAGACUGUGCCUCGCCAGAACUGGUCGAAGCCUUGAUUUCGACCUCGCAACGGGCCAACCACGUCCUCAACUUCGUCCUGACCUUCGCCACCGUAUUUCUGACAAUUAUCGCGAUCAAAGUCCUCGUCUACCACUCAAUUUUCCAUAAUACGACGAGAAUCUUGCUGUUCACCGGCUUAUUUUAUGCGAAUCUUCAUGAGAUCUGCAAGUCCUUUGGAAGGGUUAGUUUAAUUAAGAUCGAAAUAAGCUAGAAAAUCAAAAAAAAAAACUAUAAAUGAAGUUAAUUUACGUUCGAAAGAGUCUUAAAAGAAAAUAGUUUGAAACUUUAUUAGCGCAAAAAGGACUUUAUUCUAAAAUGCACUGUUUUGAAGAAUUUAAACGGUUUUCUCCGUUUUUCCUAUUUGAGGAACGCCAGAGUGGUCCCUAGAGAAGCAACUUCAGAGGCCGUUGAAGGUCCACUUUUUAUUGUGUCUUUAGAGAUCGCUUUAUCUCUCCCUAUAGGGGACAAUGAAGCUUGCAAAAGUGACCACUAUAGGGAAGCCUUAUACGACUUUUUAACACAUCUUUAAACCUAUCAAAAAAAAAAACUUAAAGACCACUAUAGGGACCACUUAGGCUUUAGUGGUUCAGGAUCAGACCCUUUACAAUCCGCCUAAGUUUAAGCCCUCCAGGGAGCACUAUUUUGUCCCCUAUAGAAGCUCUUUUUUACCGAACCCCUCUAGGGACCACUCUGGCUUUCAUAAGAUUGGCUCACCAUUGAAGUGUUCCUGACAAUUGAAAUGGAAGAACAUUCGAAAACUCGCCUAGAAAUGUAUUUUUACAGGGCAAAACGUUAAACCGAAGCCUAACCUAUGGAAAUUAUCCGUGUCGUAUUCUGAUAAGUUCUUACGAUUGUCGCUACGAGACCCACGUCAUAGUCGGUUCGAUAGCUGGCAUGGUCCUCACAGAAUGCGCCUUGACCUUGGACAGGUUUUUCAUAUAUUUUUACUGAGAGAUAUUCCAAUUUUCCAGAGUCAUAGCAACAUUUAUGCCGAAUUUCCACUCGGCCUUCGUCAACGCCGCCGGCGUCGUCCUCACUGUUGUCGUGGUACGUGAGGAGUUUUCCAAGAAACCUACGAAAUUUCAUGUUUUCCUAAUGGGCACGUUCACGAGUUUUUUUUUGCACUGAAGAAGAAAUUAUGAUAAGAAAAAGAAAGGUUGUGUGAAGUUCUGUGUGGUGAGAAAAGAUCUUUACAAAGAUCUAAAAUCUUGAAAAAAGUUUCCUUAUCUGCUUUAAGAUAGGGUUUUUGAGUAGACUCGUCUGAAAAUUACUGGGGACUCUGAAAAGCCAAAAACGUUUUUUUGGUGUAAGAGCGGUCGCUAUAGGCGACAAAAAGUCCUCCCUAUAGGGGUAAAAUUUAGGUGUUUUAGGAAACUUAGGCAAUUUUUGAGAAAUUUAGGCCUCUUCAUUUUUUCAAACUCAAGUAGCCCAUAUAGGGACAACUUUGGCAUUGCAAAAAUGUCAUUUUCUCGAUUCAAUAAAAUGUAUAUAGCUGGUUCAAAAAAUCUUUGCUUUUUUUUGAAGCGAUUAAGCUUUUUAAAGGCCUAUAAUACAUUGAAAUCCCACUGAAAACAGCCGUUCGCCUCAGAAACUUCAUUGAAUAAAAAGAAAAAAAAAAUGAAUUCCAAACCACAGUACAUUUUCCGGUCAGUGGACCGAAAAUUUGUGUUUUGAGCUCUUUUCGAUUUGCAAGUUCUCUGACACUCUCUAUACGUUUUGUUGUCUUUAGUUUUUGGCGGAGUUCUUGGAGUCGGGUGCAGAAAAAGUUUGAGAAGGCUAUGAAGUUAGAAUAAGAAUCUUCGUUGAACUGAAAAUUUAGUGUUAAAGACAAAAUUAGGUCUGAAACCUUAAUUUCAAAAAUGUGGAAGCCCAUAUCAGGGAAAUCCCAAAUAUUCUGAACCCAGUCAAACUAGAAGUUUGGACCAAUAGCGACUAUGUGGGUUCGAUUCCCAGUACAACGAAGAUUUUUCGAGUACAUCUACAGAAAAUUCUCAAAGGAUUGGUAAAAUAUCUCACUAUGUCAAUUUUUUCGAUUUCCUGCAUUAAUUUAUUCUCUUUAAUACAUUUUUUGAAGACUCCACGAUGUUUCAGGGAAUCCUAAGCGUUCUGAUCCCGGUCACAGUUCUGUGGAACGAGCCGUACGUCGGCGACGUCCCACAGUGCACCCAGCCGCCGGUUUCGAGCUUCGAACGGAUCAAUUUCCUCCUACAGCUCUACACCUUCAUCAACGUCUUCAACCUCAUCGUCAACGCCGCCAUCAUCUUCGUGAAUCGUCGGCAGGAGCUCUCGUCAGUUCGAACAACCCAUCGAACAUGUUGAUUUUCAAGAUUAGUUGUAGAACGCGAUAUGUUCUCGCUGGACGCUAUAGAUCCUACGAGACUCUGAUCACUUCCCAAGCCAUCUGCUGCAUUUGUAUCUCGCAGUUCCUCGCCUUAGGCUUCUAUUCAGGUUGGUAGAUUGCUCAAGAAGGGAAAAUUCGUAAGAAGUUGGGAAUGACCUGAGGCUUGUCUUAAUCAAACUGUAAGAACUAAUAAUUAGAUUAUAGAUUUAAGAGAACUAAUUAAAAACUUGAUCUCUGAUUUAAAAAAAGCCGUAACGUUUUUUUCUUUUUAUUUUUUUGAGUUUUAACUCUUGAAUUUCAGCUUCGAAAUGAAUAGAAUCGACUUUUAAAAAUGUGAAUUUUUUUAAAAUCUAAAUUUAAUUUCAUUCUUAUCUGUAAAUUUUUGGCUGAUUACCUUGAAGACUCGAUAGUGGUCCCUAUAGGGCUACCCUAGAGGCUUUUGAUGUUUUCCCUCUAGGGACCACUUUCCCCUUGACCUUCUUGCAAAAUUGCUCUUUUUCGGGCUUGGAGUUAGUGGAAUCUCAAAUCUGAACAAAAGUUAGAAGGCCCCUAUAGAGGCCACUGAAGCUUUAGGGGCCUUAAGGGUCAGACCCUGAACCCCUAUAAGAAGUAUACCCCUCCAGGGAGCACUUUUUUCCCCUAUAGGGGCUUAUCCCCUAACCGCUAUAGGGCCCAUUCUAGCAUUACUAAGAUACUUGAGGACCUUUUUUUCGAGGACUUUUAUCGAUUUGAAAAAAUCAAUUCAUUCCUCUAUUUUCAAUCCAACUUAACACACGGUAUCCGAAAAAAUCUACCUUUCUGUGGAUUACUGUAGUCGAAAUACGAAAAAAAAUCUAACUUUUUGUUAAACGAAAGCCAGUGACAAAAUAAGCAUUUUUUGAAUUUUAUCAAAUAUUUUUUUUCGAUAACUGAAACAAUAUUGAGCUUUCGUUUGAAAAAGGUUCAAUCGAUUUUGACCACGGAAAAAGAAAUUAGACUUUUUUUUUCGUAUUUUGGCUACUGUAAUCCUUAAAAGGGGCGGAGCCUGUCAAAACCUCAAUUAAAACUUUCAGAGGCUUGUUUAGUUGUUUUGAUAAAAGUAUGAGCUCGAAAAAAGCAAAAUUAAUUUUUAGUACCAACUUCGUUUUUGUCGGAGAAAGUGUAUUGAACUCUUAUCAUGCUUGCAGGAAGUGUUCUCUACCUGAGGCUUAUCAAGAAGGAAAUCGGCCUGAGUCUCUUCAAUCGCUUCGUCGUCUGGCUUUACGUACGUUUCCUUCUAAAAACUUUCAAAAUAACCACCCCUUUCAAGCCUAAAAUUACAUCGCUUUGCAAAAACCUUUAUUACGCAAACAAUUUCCGGCUUUUUAACCCGAAAUCUAUUCGGACUGAUUGAAAGCCGGGCCAAUUCGACAACAAUGAAAUAGUGAGCCCAUUGAGCUAGAAAACUAAAAAUGAGCAAAAAAGGUGCGGUCGAGCUCGAUUAACGUGGUGUUUUGCGCGUUCGCUUUCAAGGCCCCAGUUAUAUAAAUUUCGCCUUUUUACGCUUGGUUUAGCUUUUUAGUUCACCUUUUGAAGUCGGCGGGGAUGGAGAAGUCUUUAUUUCUGGGGAAAACUAUCUCUGAACACUUUUCUGCUUACUAAGCUACAGAAACUGGCCAAAAAAGGCGAGGGAAUAAAAAUUUAAUAAUUUAACCAAAUUUCGACACAUGGCGACAGGGAAAAACUCCGUAAAGAACAAGAGAAAUGAAGAAAAAAAGUACGUUUUUUUGCUAAAUCUUUCAAAUUCUCUGAAGUUUCUAAAAAAAUGAAAUUUUUUUGGGAAAAACAGAUUCCACAACCAAAUGAAACACGGAAAGCGAUCCAAAGUUUGACCUUUUUUUCUAGGUCCGGUUCUAGGGUCACCACUAUUUCAACCGUUGAGCCUUGGAUUUUUUUGAUAGAAUAAAGUUUCAACUUUUCUCUUUUUUUGUAAAUUUUUUUAGGUUGGUGUUUUAAAAAAAGAACUGUUGGGUUUAUUGAUUUAUAUUUCUUUCAAAAAGCAAGUAUUUAAAGAUAACUUCCAUUCCUCGCAUAGACUUGAGUGAAAAGCUAUAUUGUUUUACAGUUAAAUAAUAUUUUAACAAAACGGGAUGAUUAUCACGCGCCGUAGCGCAACUGGUUGUGUGCCUGUAUAGGGUCCACAGGGUCGCAAGUUCGAUCCCGACCAAGGGGUUUAAGAAAAUUUUGUUAGUGUGGAAACCACUUCCUUCCCAACCGUAACAAGUGGCGUGUAUGUUAUUAGAGCCAGUCCACCGAUUAUCACUGAUAUCAGGGCCUUGCCUCAUUACCUUGGGGCGCCGCUCAGGCGUUCGAGUGACGAGAAAAGAAGAAUAAUCUUAUAUCACUUAUAUCACCAGCCAACAUUUGCAGGUGGUUCCCUACGCCUCCGUCUCCCUGCCCCUUCUGAUCGUUCUGAGCGUGAGUAUGGUCGGCCGACAUCGGAGGAGCGUCAUCAAAGCGAUAACCCACAAAAAAGAAACACAAGAACAACACAUGAGAUCCCUAAAAAAGAUGUGGAACUGA